CUGGGCAUGCGUGAGCGCGUCCCGGGCCCGGCAGGUCGAGGGUUCAGGUAGUGCGCCGUGGCGCCGCCUGCGACCGGCAGCUUGGUCGCCGCACUUGGGGGGCUUCGGCUGCCCCUCGGAUCCACGUAGGGCUCGAGCCCGCGCCUCCUUGUGAACAGCGUGCCUGGCUUCGCAGCACGGGCUCACCGGCUGACUGGGCUUCUCGCGCCGAGGCCGCCGCAGUGACCCCGCCCCCGGGCCGAGGAUGUGAGGCGGACCGGGCGUCCCCACACCGGGCCCGGGCGCCGGGAGUGGGCGUCUGGGCCGCGCCGGGUGAUGGCCCUGCUGCCGGUGCUCCUCGUCUCCUGGGGUCUGGGGCAGUGAGGGGGCCGGCGGGCGUGGGCCAAGUGGCCGCGGGCGCCAUGGAGGGGGUGCUGUACAAGUGGACCAACUAUUUGAGCGGUUGGCAGCCUCGAUGGUUCCUUCUCUGUGGGGGAAUAUUGUCCUAUUAUGAUUCUCCUGAAGAUGCCUGGAAAGGUUGCAAAGGGAGCAUACAAAUGGCAGUCUGUGAAAUUCAAGUUCAUUCUGUAGAUAAUACACGCAUGGACCUGAUAAUCCCUGGGGAACAGUAUUUCUACCUGAAGGCCAGAAGUGUGGCUGAAAGACAGCGGUGGCUGGUGGCCCUGGGAUCAGCCAAGGCUUGCCUGACUGACAGUAGGACCCAGAAGGAGAAAGAGUUUGCUGAAAACACUGAAAACUUGAAAACCAAAAUGUCAGAACUAAGACUCUACUGUGACCUCCUUGUUCAGCAAGUGGAUAAAACAAAAGAAGUGACCACAACUGGUGUGUCCAAUUCUGAGGAGGGAAUUGAUGUGGGAACUUUGCUGAAAUCCACCUGUAAUACUUUUCUGAAGACCUUGGAAGAAUGCAUGCAGAUCGCAAAUGCAGCCUUCACCUCUGAGCUGCUCUACCGCACUCCACCAGGAUCACCGCAGCUGGCCAUGCUCAAGUCCAGCAAGAUGAAACAUCCUAUUAUACCAAUUCAUAAUUCUUUGGAAAGGCAAAUGGAGUUGAGUACUUGUGAAAAUGGAUCUUUAAAUAUGGAAAUAAAUGGUGAGGAAGAAAUCCUAAUGAAAAAUAAGAAUUCCUUAUCUUUGAAAUCUGCAGAGAUAGACUGCAGCAUAUCAAGUGAGGAAAAUACAGAUGAUAAUGUAACAGUCCAAGGUGAAAUAAUGAAGGAAGAUGGAAUAGAAAACCUGAAAAAUCAUGACAAUAACUUGACUCAGUCUGGAUCAGACUCAAGUUGCUCUCCAGAAUGCCUCUGGGAGGAAGGCAAAGAAGUUAUCCCAACUUUCUUUAGUACCAUGAACACAAGCUUUAGUGACAUUGAGCUUCUGGAAGACAGUGGCAUUCCCACAGAAGCAUUCUUGGCAUCAUGUUAUGCUGUGGUUCCAGUCUUAGACAAACUUGGCCCUACAGUGUUUGCUCCUGUUAAGAUGGAUCUUGUUGGAAAUAUUAAGAAAGUAAAUCAGAAAUACAUAACCAACAAAGAAGAGUUUACCACUCUCCAGAAGAUAGUGCUGCACGAAGUAGAGGCGGAUGUAGCCCAGGUUAGGAACUCGGCGACUGAAGCCCUCUUGUGGCUGAAGAGAGGUCUCAAAUUUUUGAAGGGAUUUUUGACAGAAGUGAAAAAUGGGGAAAAGGAUAUCCAGACAGCCCUGAAUAACGCAUAUGGUAAAACAUUGCGGCAACACCAUGGCUGGGUAGUUCGAGGGGUUUUUGCGUUAGCUUUAAGGGCAGCUCCAUCCUAUGAAGAUUUUGUGGCCGCGUUAACCAUAAAGGAAGGUGACCACCAGAAAGAAGCUUUCAGUAUUGGAAUGCAGAGGGACCUCAGCCUUUACCUCCCUGCCAUGGAGAAGCAGCUGGCCAUACUGGACACUUUAUAUGAGGUCCACGGGCUGGAAUCCGAUGAGGUGGUAUGAUGGCUGCUGGGCAGCACCUCCUAACUUCAGGGAUUAAAGUGCUAAAGUGUUUUGUUGCCCUACUUAAUUUCCAGCAACAGCCUCAACCCUCUCCACCCCUUCACUUUGGGGGAUGGACAGGAGGAGGCAAAACCCAGUGCUUUUAUAAUUUUUAAAAUGCGUAUGUGUUUUGUUUAAAGAUCAAGGUGCUAUAUAUUUCAGUUCAGCAGGCCUACUGGAAACCAAAUGAUAAGCUGCUGUAGACUUGAACAGCAAGUUAUAAGAGCAGAUUUAACAAACAAAUUUGCUGUUAUUGUGUAUUGUAUUGUUUUUAUAUUUUAGUUCUAAUGGGCCACCCAAACCCAAGCUGAAAAUCAGCAAAUCCCAUAUUAAGUACCAUAAUUCAUACUCAGUAUUUCAGCCAACUUAGACUAGACAUUUGGAGGUAGUAUAAGCUGCUUUGUUGAAGCUGUGUAGAGUUUGCUGUUCCUAGAUGUUCUUCAGUGGACCCUCUUCAUUGCAACUCUGUCAGUGAUAAGGGCCUGUGUAGUAAGGAUGUUCAGGGCAUUCACCUGACAAUGCAAUUGUGGGAGGCGAAGAAGAUGUGGACAGGAGUCCCAUCCUUGCUGACAGGCAUGAGACCGUUGCUCUGAGAAGAUUAAUGGUGUGCCCUAACCCCAAGUUGGAGGGGAGAAUAUGAGAGAGGCGGGACAGGUCAUUUGAGAUGACACCUCCCAAUUGCCUGCCAUUUACCAGCAUGUUCCCCAUGCAUUAUCUCAAUUGGACAUCACAAGGAAUGAUACUCAAAGGGAUUAUUACCCCACUUCAAAAGCAAGGUUUAGAAGUUGGGGGAUCUGUUCACAGUCACAUAGUUUCUAAGCAGAGGAGCCAGUUAAUUUCCAACUGUGACCUGGACUGCCUCUGCACCAUAGUCAUAUGGAGUGCUUGUUCAAACAGCAGAUUCCCAGGCCUUAUUUUGACCUAAAGAACCAGAGUCUAGGUGGUGGGAGAUAGGAAUCUGCAUUUCGAUGAACUUCACAUGUGAUUCUUCUGCACACAGUAUUGAAAAGCAACUAGAUUAAAUUCUAGUUUACAAAAUUACCAGUUUUCUUCAAGAACUAAAUGAUAUGUCCUUUUUUUUUUCAAAAAGGAAUAGGCCGCCAUUUAAAUAAAAUAGCUAAAUGGAGAGUGAGAAGUGGAGCAAGUUUACUCAGCAGCAUUCUUAAUUGAGCCAGCAUUGACACCCAGCCAGUAGGCCUUUGCAUUGCAUUCAGGGGCCAUGGCUCUGAACCUGCUUACCAAUUAAUCUCGGUUUAAUCAGCAAAAAUGCAGAGCAGGCAAAAUGUAGCUGUUUAUCAAUCUCAGAAGCUUUGGGACAGCAUCAGAGUUGAAAGGUGAGACUUAAGAAAACAGUUUCUUAAACUUCUUAAAACUUAAGAAACAUUAUUUCAUAAAACAAUGUUGAGUGGGCAUUCUUCUGCACAGUGUGAUGCUCCAACCCUGGCCCUAGUCUCAGUAGAUCACGCUGCCUUUAGUGUGCAUUGGAAAGAAGCCAUGGGUACCUUCCUCAUUAGAGGCUACUUCCUUCUAGUAACAGGAAGGGAAGUUCCAGCAUAAGGUAGUUAUCCAGGGUCAAAGGUCCUUUGAGGGGCUUGGUUGAGUUGAGCAUCGUCUCUAGAUGAUGCUGCUCCUGCUGCAGAUCUCUAGGAUGGAGGGAAUUCUCUCUUUAGUCAGAGAAGUUUAUGUAGGGAGGGGUACUGGUUUUGCCUUUGUGUGUUUUUAAACAAAUGAACAUUUAUUUAGCUCAGAUUAAUUAGGUAUUUUGCCCACAUAAAGACUUCUGGAAAAUACUUAAACUUCAAAAAUCAGUAUCACAUGUUUUAAGGCUAGGGAGAAAGGGGGGGUAUUAAAAUGAUGUUGAUUAUUUUGUAUUUUGCCAAGGUGUGUGUGUGUGUUAUCUCCCUCCCACUCUCAUGAGCAGUGAGUAUAGAUCUCCUUCUCUGAUUAGUACGAAUAUGAUGGCAGGACUUGGGGAUAGUCCCUGCCCUUGACAUAGCCCCCUAAAACGGAAAAAGAAAAAGCAGCCAGUUUUUGCUUGUAGUUGGAAUGAAGAUGUUUUAGGCAUUGUACCAUUUAGAGGGGAUGAUACCAGGUGGUUGGUAGAAUUGUGCAGCAUGAUCAUUCUAAACAGCUGCUGGUGCUCCCUGCCACCUGAAGUGAACUCUGUGGUCUCUUGGAGAGAUAGCAGUCUGAAAAUACCUCAGGUUUGCCACCCCAGCUCUGAAUACACACAAAAGGAAAGCUGCUCAGCAUGGCCAUUUUGCAUUUGUAUAGGUAGUGCCCAGAUGUACACAACUCAAUUUGCUGGGAACGAGGGGCUUAAUAUUAUCUGAGAUCAUUGAGAAACCAGAUCAGACAGAAUAGCUUGAAUAAGUUGCAUUUGCCAAUUACCCUUUUUCCACAUCUGUAGAAAGAAGGUAAUAUUUUUAAUAGGUAUUUUCCCCACUGGAACAUAUUAAGUUUGCCUAACAUGUAUAAAAGUUUAAGAUGUAUAAAAGUUUGCUUAAGGAACUGAGGAUCCUUAAAUAAAAAUAUUAGAAAUUGAACCUAAUACUAAACAGUAAAUUCAGCUUAACCUGAAUCUGGGCAUAGUCAGAGGUUCCUCCUACAUCUACAGUAUUUGCUCUCUGUUGUAGUUAAAGUCAUAAUUUGUGCUGAUGUGUAGUCACUUUGCAAGAAAGGGGCAAUGAGAAAAGAUAUUUAAAGCUUUCUCUCCAUUGCCCUCCAAGACUUCUGGGACACCUAAGUUUACUUUCACCAUUGCUGUGAGAGGAGGUGAGAAAACUCUAGUAUUUUGUUGGCAGAGUAAUCACCUUGUUGUCAUUGCUCAAAGCAUUUUUAGGAUUAUUUUUCUAGCAUAACCUUUAGAGAGAACUGGAAGAAAAAGGAAAUUGGUCUGCUAGGUAUUAUAGACACAAAUAAGUAACAUUAGGCUAACCCCUUAUGAGACAAUUCCACACAAUUUCAUUGUGCCUGUACUUCUCCCUAUGGUAAAAGCCAGUGUUUACACUUUGUAGGUAUCAGGGUGUAUUUGUUGAAUUAAACAAAAUAUUUUCAAUGAUGGCAAGUCUCUUGACUUUUGAAAGCAAGCUAGAUUCCUUAUAGCUAAUGCUGGUGAAAAAUGUUAAAUUGGAGAGAUCCCUUUUGGGAGUGAAACUAAAUUGUAACUAUGAGGAGAAGAUGAUCUUCUCAUUGGCUCUUGAUGUAGCUCUGAAGGGAGUUCCAGAAGAGGAGCUCUCACAGAAUGUUGGGCCUAUGGGCCCAAGACAUUGACUUUGAAGGGUAGUUCUCAUUAGGAUAUAUAAGUAGUGGCUUGAGGCAUCUUCUUACCAUUAUUUGCAUGUCAUUCUGAUUAUUAAACUUCCCCCAAUGUCAUAUUCCAUGAUGAGGGAUUUCUGAACUUCAUAGUCCAGCCUUGUUGCUUUUCUCUCUUCUUUGCUACUGAAAAUUGCCAGCAGUACUUCCAUCAGCACGCCAAAUCUGCCCCCACUUAUGUUUGUUCUGCCCCAUUUCUCAGGAGCAGCUUCUAGCACAUAUGUAGAGCAUCUGGCACCAACUUAGCCCAGGGCUGGGUGCCUGAUCAGAGGGGAUUCUGUUUCGCCACCUCCAGACUGCAAGAGCUUCUUAAGAAGGAGCCCAUAUUCCCAUUUGUAGCUGGAAAGCCGGUGAAUGACAUGACAUGGGGCACCUAGGAAAGAUGAUUAUUAGAGGGGUGCAGCUGGAAAAUUUGCACUCUUCUCCUUUUGGUUAUUACUUUCCAUGUAUAUUAACAAAAAGUUGAUGCUUUUAACUUUAUAUUUUCAGAAAAGUGUUUUUAAUUAAAAAUAUGUGAUAGGGACCAAAUAAGUAAAGUACAUUUUUCUCCACUAAAUUUGAAGUGAGGGAAAGAGGAGCUGAAGUAAGAGUUUUUUUUUUAAGGAAACGUGAUCUGAUUGUGAAAAUCAUACAUAUGGAGAAAUAUCAGAUAAGGCAGUAGAGUCAGAGGGUCAUGAGCAAUAGACGAUGAUGUGAGGCAUUUGGGGAACUUUCUGGAGGAAAAUUAAGUUUUUUCCUAGCAAACUACCAUGUCCUAUGAGAACUUGGUUGCAUAAUGGUGCAUUUCUGAAUCACUGAUUAAAACCAGUUGCUUCUGAUUUUAGUCACAGGUUUUACAACUAUUCAGCUCUCCCUCAUGUUUCAUUUCUUUUUUUAAGCUAAUCUAUCAACCUUUUUUAAAUUUUAAAAUUUUUAGAUGUAGAAUUUAUAAGUAAAAUAUAUUUUCAGCCAUUGUUCUGUUAGCUGAGCUAAUGUGUUUGGUCUUUGAGGGCCUGACUUCAGAUACUCUGUGAUCUUGUAAGGUCUCCACACAAACUUCAUUAUGUAUGGUAAAUUUGUAUUCCUAUGAAUUGUAUAUAGAAUGCUUUCGUUAGAAGUACAUUCUACUUCUGUACGUCCCUUUGUAAUCUGCAGUUGCUUACUCAGGGGUUUCAUAGUCAUUUCAUAAAAAACAAUUCACUAGCUGUCUAAUGGUAUUUUAAGACUGUUUAUCUGUAUUACAAGGUCAUUAGGAGUUCUUUCAACAAUUCCAUAAAUAUACUGUUUACUAGACCUUCCCUGUAAAUGUUCCCAAUUCCCAUCCUGUCUCAGACAGUCAAUAGUCCUGUGUACAGUGACCAUUUGCAUGAUUUCUCAUUGCACUGCUGCAUUCAGGCACUCCAGGGCAUGAUUAAACAGUCAUUAACAGUGCCUCUCUGGUACAGUUGAUGCAUGCAUUGAUCUUUCUCCUCUGCUGUUUUUAUAUAGCCUUUAAUUAAAAGGAAAAAAAUACCACUACUCUGCAAUGCAAAAGUCUUCAAAAUUCUUUGUUUCCCGUAUUAAUCACUUCUGUUCCAGAGUGAACAAAUGUUUUCAGCUAAGCUAUGUGAGAAUGUCAGAAUAACAUCCUGCUUGUUCUAAAUAUUUCAUAUAUUUACAGUGUGGUCAGUAUUUCCUCCCUGUACCUUACAAACAGAAACCACCCUGGGAUGGUUGAUACCCCUUACAAAGUCGAUCUUACCCACACAGACUCCUGAGUAUACAUGUCUGUUUAUAGGUGUAUAUGGAGUCAGUGUUGAUAGGAAGGAUGCUCUAGAAGUACUUCUGUUGUUUCCUAGAAGGCUAUGAGCCAGUUCCACGGCAUGUUUAAUGUAUAAUUCCCAUGUAUCAUGAGAAUUUCACUAGAAUGUCAUUAAACAGCCCAACUACCUCAUGUGAAAUUGGCUGUGGACAAUCUGUCAGAUGAGAAAUGUGGUCAGAUAAAUUUAAUCUGGUUAAUAGAUUUAACAAAUUGAUGUCUACAUAAAGAAGAAACAUGAUAGACCAGAUGCCAAAGGCUAAAAUGUACAUAGAUUUCCUUGGAUUAAUUUUUUAAGUCACUGUUUAAUUCCAUGCCUAGUAUUCUUAUGAAUGUGUGUGGUUUCAUAGAUUUAUGCACUUUGAAUAUCUGUCACGUGCAGUAUUAACGUUACCUGUUCUUGUCUCUCAGCAUUUUGAAUGAGCAUUAUAAUCAGAGUAGAAAGCAAGUUAAACUAUAAAAGUGUGAAGUGGCUUGUUAACUUCUUAAUUUAAUGGACCUUUACUUAGAAUAUAAUAUGUUGGAGCCUCUUGGGACCAACCGAUGAGCGACAGUUUCAUGUUUAGAUUUGUAUUGUUUCUCUGUCCAAGUCCUUAUUCUGUAUCUGGCGGGGAGGGGGGAAAGGGGAAGGUUUUACUUUUUUUGCAAAAAUGUUUGAAAAUAUCUGUCAGAUUUUAUAUUCGUUAGUUAUAAUAAACUUAUUUUUAAAGUAUUAAGUUCUUAAA